UUUGUUGUCUGCUACAAAUGUAAACAAUCGACACAUGGACAGCUCAAUAUUAAGUCGCAGGGCUUUCUACAGGUCUAUAAGAAAUGAAGAUUUUUCAAAGACAAAAUUCUCCCAGAUUGUACCAGAUAGAGAAGGGCUGUACUUGAAGAAAAAAGUUUUCCUUGGAUAUACAGAUAUUAGUGCAGCUGGAAGUCGAGCUUUAUUGGGUAUAUCUGUCAAGACUAUAUCAUGUGACCUUGACAUUCCAGAGCUAGGAACAAGUGAAUUGAUUUGCCACCCAAGCACUGUUACAAUAGAUAUACCAUUACUUCCUAUACAGAUAAUGCAUUGUAAAUAUGAAGAAUUUUCACUGAUUGUGAUUAAUACAUCUUUGCCUCCAGCAAAAUGUCACCUUGUAGCAGAUAAAAUUGUUAAUCUGUGUUCAGAAAGUGAAAUAGAAAGAUUAGUAGUAUUAACAACUAUCAAAUUAAGAAUUCCUGAGAAGAAAUUGGCACCACUGUAUGAAAACCACUUUAAUACAAGAGCUUUAACCAAUAGUCCUUCAUUACCAGAAGAUACCAAAGUCCAUGAUGCCUUCUUAAAUGUUCUAAUACAGAUGGUUCAGUUGCAAGGAAUUCCCUGCAACAUGAUGAUAGCUCCAGGACAUGGUGCCUUCAGUAGUGUACCUACAGUAGAUGAUAACUCAUUACAGGCUAUUCGAGCGUUCCAUCAGUUUAUAGGUGGCUGGACCAGACUAAAGUUUGAUGAAGAAGUUUGUCUCUCAUUGGAAUUUGGUAGAUCAAAGAAGAUAAGAAGGGCAGGAACAUUGUUCAUGUUUUCAUAAAGUUUGCGUCAGAUACUACCUUGGCCUGGAUACAGUUUUAUUUUAUCAGAGCUUUGAAAUCUUCUUUCUUUUAUCCUUGUGGUUCUUGCAAGAAAAUCUGCUGGCCUGGUCCUUGCUAUUAUUAUAUUGCAAAAUAUCCCAAAUUUAUCCAAAUUGUGUCUGCUCUUCGCAAUUUUUGGUGGCCAAAACUAAGACCAUUGUUUUUAGCUCACCUGGCCAGAAGGGCCAAGUGAGCUUUUCACAACACUUUGCGUCUGUCGUCCGUUGUCGUUAACUUUUAAAAAAAACUUCUUCUCUGAAACUGCUGGGCCAAAUUAAAACAAAUUUGGCCACAAUCAUCAUUGGGUAUCUAGUUUAAAAAAUUUGUUCGGUGACCCGGCGAACUAACCAAGAAGGCGGCCAUGGCUAAAAAUAGAAUAUAAGGGUAAAAUGCCGUUUUUGGCUUAUAACUCCAAAACAAAAGCAUUUGAGCAAAUCUGACACGUGUAUAAAUGUUCAUCAGGUCAAGAUCUAUCUGCCCUGAAAUUUUCAGAUGAAUCUGACAACCCAUUUUCUGGUUGCUGCCCCUGAAUUGGUAAGUUUAAGGAAAUUUUGCUGUUUUUGAUCAUUAUCUUGAAUAUUAUUAUAGAUAGAGAUAAACUGCAAGCAGCAAUAAUGUUCAGCUAAGUAAGAUUUACAAAUAAGUCAACAUGACCAAAAUGGAAAAUUAACCCUCUUAGUAGUUAUUGUCCUUUAUAUUUAAUUUUUAACAUUUUUCAUAAAAUUUGUAAAUUUUUAUUAACAUUUUUCAGUGAAACUACUGCCUGGGCCAAGUUCAUUUUAGAUAAAGAUAAUUGUAAGCAGCAAGAAUGUUCAGUAAAGUAAGGUGUAAAAACACAUCAACAUCACCAAAACUUAGUUUUGUUAUGAAUCCAUCUGCUUCCUUCGUUUAAUAUUCACAUAGACCAAGUGAGCGACACAGGCUCUUUAGAGCCUCUAGUUUGAAAUCUCACAAUUUUAAAAUGUCUACAUCUCAAUAUAUAUAUGGCGUCCAUGCGUGUAGGAAUAGUAAAAUGGCUGUCCGUAGGCUACGCGUACCCACAUCUGGUUUUAUAAUAAAAUGCCAUCGGAUCAGGAAUUAAACAUGAAAUAUAAAUAUUGCUACACUUAAUUACGGUUUUUGUCUCACCUUGAUGGAGUCAAAAAGGGAAACAUAGGUAUGCUGUUUCCGGUGUUGGUGACGGUGGCGUCAACAAUGAAUAAGUUUGUGAUUAGGUCUUUUUUUUAUGGUGAACAGAACCACAAGUGGUAGGUCAAUCGUAUUUGGUAUGCAGUUGUAUAGGCAUUGGCACAUCUCAUUUCCAUGGAGAUUAUUUGGCCCUGCCCUCUUAAUCAUGGUUUAUUGACUUCAAAAUUUGUGCUCUUUUUACAUGUAUUAGUUUGUGAUUAGGUCAGUUUAUGGGAAACCACAAGUGGUAGGUCAAUGAUAUUUGGUAUGCAGUGGUACAAGCAUUUGGACAUCUCCAAUGAGAUAAUUUGGCGCCGCCCCCUUAGUCAUGUUCUAUUGACUUUGAAAAUUUUGGUAAGUUAUGUAUUAGUUUGUAAUUAAGUCAGUUCAAGGGGAACCAUUAUUGGUAGGCCAAUGUUAAUUUGUUAUUCAGUUGUGAAAGCAUUGGCACAUCUCAUUUCCAUGGAGAGUAUUUGGCCUCACCCCUCACAGUCUAAUACCUUUGAAACUUAUCUUAGUUUACAUGUAUUAGUUUGUGAUUCGAUCAGUUUAAGAUGAACUGCUAAUGUUAAAUUAAUGAUAUUUGGUAUGCAAAUUUAUUUACAUUUGCAAGUAUUGUUUCUAUGGAGGUUAUAUAGCCCCACCACCACUUCAUGCUUCAUUGACUUUGAAAAUUUUACAUAGUUUACAAGUUAAUUUUUAUAUUUAGAUUUUGGAACGACUUAUAAUAAGUCAACGGUAUUUGGUAUGAAGUUGUAUUAGCAUUGGCACAUCUCAUUUACUUGGAGAUGGUUUAGCCAUGUAACUCAGUCAUGGUUUCAUUGACUUCGAAUAUUUGCAUAACUUGUGUAACGGAUGUUAAAGUAUUGCUAUUUUGAUUUCAACAUUUGCAUAAUCAAAAUUAGAAAAAGGCGAGACAUAUCUCUGUGACAACAGUUUAUUUUAAGAAAGGACUGACUUGAUUUAAAAUUCUUUAGAAUUUUUGGAAAGAAAAGACUGACAGCUUGUUAAUUUGUAGAUUGCAAUAGUGUCCAGGUCCAGUUUGUGACAUGCUGUUAGGGCUGUUAGGGCUGUUACUGUAUAAGUUUGACAUGAUUGAGCAUGGCUUCCAGUUCUGUAUGAUUAAGGGUUGUUCUCUUAAAGUGAGGGCAAAUAGAUCUACCAACUUCUCAAGUUCUAGACAUCUAUGCUAUUCAUUCAUAUUUAGAUAUAUUUGAAACUAGCUUUUGUAUGACAUAUCUAAUGGUUUAUUUUAAACAGGUCAUUCAAAUUUUGAUUUAUAAGUUUUAUAAAUAUAUUGUUUUGUGAUGAUGUGUCAUAUGUGUUUGUUAUUAUUGCAUACUGUCGAACACAUUGAACAUUGAAUUAUAUUAUUGUUUAGUGUUAUCAUUGUUUUAUCAAUUUAAAAAUAUAUGAAAUAC